AUGAAUCCCCAUCAGCAGAACAAAGUCGACACCAGCGAACGCAAAUACUUCGACUCGGGCGACUACGCCCUCAGCAAAGCCGGCAAAGCCUCCGACGUUGGCGUCACCAACAUCGGCUCCCAGCACCCCGUGCCCGAGAACAUCCCGCACUUGACCGCCACCUCGCCCGGCGCCAACAACCCCGCCGCCGCCAGCAACGGCAGCUCCGUCUCCACCGCCCAGGGCCAGCAGAUCCCCGGCAGCAUCAGCGGGCAUCCCGGGUCGAUCGGGUUCCAGAGCCGCAGCCCCGUCAAGGAGGGGAGCUUCCUGCACCGCGGGACGAGCGUCGAUGAGACGGAGGGUGCGGACGGUCAGGCGGAGGAGGCGAGUGUGAGUCCGCCGCCGGCGCGGGAGGGUGUUCCUAUCCGGCGAUAA